UGAUGGGCCCAGGGGGUGCAGCAAUGCCCAUGGGCUGGCAGCGUGCUUGGGGUAGUGUGCAGCAGUGCUGGGUGGGUUGCAGGGCAGUGCUCAGUGCUGAGCCCACCAUGGGCACGGGACAGGAUGGAAGCAGAGCAGGUUGGGAGCAGCAGUGCUGCGCAGCCCUCGCACCACCUGCCCGUGCCACGUGCAGGGAGCGACCCAAUUCUCAGAGCCUCCCCAGGGCCCCUCCUGCAGCCCGGGGUCUCUGCUGGCCCCAAAUGCCCCCACGCUGCUCCUUGCACACAGCUGGGAAGGCACUGCUGGGCCCCUCAGUACCAUGUGGAGCCAUGUCUGUGUGUAUCGCACUGCUGGUUCACUCUGGGCAGAGGUGUUCCCCAGCAGCAGGGGUGUGGGGAGCUGUGACAAACCACCUGGGCCCUCCCUGGGAGGGGGUGCAGGAAGAUGCAGGUGGCAGGUUUGCUGUGCCCCCAGGGGAUGGCACACAGGGAGCUCAGAGAGCAUCCGCAGCCCUGAAAUGCUGCCAGCUGAUGGUGGCAUCCUCAAGGGGACACAGCAGGAACCAGUGGGGACAGGAGCAUGGUUGUGGGCAGAACGGGGUUGCUGGCACCUGCCGGUGGGAGUCAGGAGAGUGGGUGGGGGCAAAAUUCUCUCCCUGCAGAGAGGACGUGUUGCUGGAGACCCGUGGGCAGUGGGAGUGUGGCAGUGCCCCUGCCUGCCCUCAGGCACCCACACACAGCCCCCACCAGCACCCCAACUGUUCCCAGGGCUCACCUCCUCGUGACCCUGCUGAGUUCUGCCUGAGUGCCCAGAUGGGGCUGCUGUGUCACACCGGUGUCUGUCCCCACCAUGAACAGCCACAGCAGGACCAUCCCUGUUGUGCCCCCAGUGCACAGUGGAUGCCCAUGUGGGUGCUCCUCAUGCACUGCUGAAGAGCCCUAGUGCCCCCCCCCACCCGGCCCCCUGCUGCGCAGCCUCCCCACGCACCCACGCCAUCCUCACAGAGGAGGAAUAAUUUGGGGAAACCAUGGCAACGCUGGGGAUGCCAGCACCACGCUGUCCCCGGGUUCCCCCGGCAGCACUACCUUGCGCGGCUCAGCGGGCGUGCUGGGAUGGAGCCGCUGCAGGGCCCUCAGCCAGCUCAGCUCACCUGCCCCAUCCCUGCUGCUGCUGGACCAGGGCCAGCCGCCUUCCCCUGAGGCCAUCUGAAGGAAGCUGGCGACAGAAGUGUCACUUUUAAGAUGACACGAACGGACCCACCUGACAUCCUGGUGUCUACAGUGUACCAAGACAUAAAGGUGGCCUCCACAGCCCCCGGGGAUUCCAUCGUUCGCCAGCCCCUGGCGCGAUGUGAUGCCUCCAUGUCCUCCUCCCUGCCCCGCGACCCGCAGCCCUUCAACAAACGCCACUGCCGGAGCUUUGACUUCCUCGAGUCACUGGACGAGCCGCUGGGCACUCCCACAGCCAUGGAGCGGCCGUGCCCGCGACCCAGCACCCCUGAGCCCACACCGGGGCCGCCAGGCCGGCGCAUGCCCCCCAAGCCGGACCUGUAUGGUGGCAGGGCCCCGCCACCGCCCAGGGAGGCUCCGCGGGGCGAGCCGAAGCGGCGGGCCCGCUCCAAAAGUGCGCCGCGGAUGAAGCCCUCCUUCACCCCAGUGCCCAUUGCUGUCUCGGCGUCGCCACCCCCGGCCCGGCGUGGGCGCGAGGCGCUGCGAGUGGAGCGGGUCCCGCCACGUGCUGAGCCAUCACCACGCCGCGAGAGCCACGUGCCACUGCGAGCAUUGGCCAACGAGGUGCACCCCAUCAAGCUGCAGCCUCAGCGCAGCAGCGUCAGCCGCAUCUCCCCACUCUGCGUGGGCAGCAACUGCUUUGAGGAGGGGCCGGGCGCCAAGGUGGGCGCCAGCCCCCACGUCAAGUGCCGUGUGGACAUCAAGCCAGACGAGGCAGUGCUGGUGCACACCGCGCGCAGCCUCCGGGCCGCGCAGAGCCGGCCGGAGCCGCCGCACUGGCCCCGCGCUCCUGGGACCGCCCGCAGCCUGGCAGUACCUGGGAGCAGGCAGGUGUCUGUGUCCCGCACGCCCACCCCCAGCGACUCCUAUAGUGGGGACCCCCCGCUCUUGCCCUACCCCAGCGAGUACUUCGAGGCAGACCCACGGGCACUGGCGUACCAGACGGUGCCGGUCCCGGCCUCACGGGAAUUCAGGGAGUACCCUGAGAGGGGCUGCAUGACCUUCUCAGCUGCCGGUGUCCCCACCAAGUUCUUCUAUGCGGAGGAGCCGGUGCGGUGCCCCAGCCCCGCCGUGCCACUGCGGAGCACGGGCUACGCCAGCUACCCCUACCCCGUGCGCCACGGCCCCCCGCAGCACUUCUACGUGGAGGACCCUGCCAAGGCGGGCAUGCACACAGUGCCACCACGGACGUUGUAUGUGGAGGAGGCACCCACCCAUGCCUUUUAUGGAGAGGAGCCCCGCUUCUACACCCCGCGUGGCACCCCUGUCAAGGCCCUGUAUGCAGAGGAUGCCCGGACGUACCCAGCACUCGGCUCCUCCGGCAGGGUCUUCUAUGCUGAGGACUAUGGGAAGUAUCGUGAGCGGGAGGUGCUCUCGCGAACGUGCCCCCCUCCCCGCAGCACACAGCCCUUGCACUUCAGUGACUGGUACUGUCCUGAGCGGAGUGCGCUGCCCUACCAGAGCUUGCAGGUGUCACACUUCACCCCGCAGCCUGCCGGGCGCGAGGCCAUGCUCUCCUCCUGGCACGCCAGCUACAGCACAAACCCACCGCGGCUGGGCCGGGACAGCCAGCACUACUCCAAAUCCUGGGAUAACAUCCUGGCACCUGCAGCACGCAGGGAGGAGGCCCUGCAGCGUGGGCGCAGCUACGAGAACCUGCUCAUCCAGGAGCAGCACCGUGCCUUAUCCCCCGAUGAGCGCCGGCAGCCAGUGGUGAUCAACCUGUCGAGCUCGCCCAAGCGCUACGCCGCCUUGUCCCUGUCGGAGAGCUCCAUCCUCGAGCGGGUGCACAGCGACAGUGGCCGCGGCCCCCUGGGCCGUUCCUGGUACGUCACGCCAGAGAUCACCAUCACCGACAAUGAUAUCCGUGCCAAUGGGCUGGGCCACAGUGAGCGGCGCUCGGCCAGCUGGGAUGUGCUGGACGCAGGGCGGGAGCAGGCACCCUAUGCUGCACCCUACGCCCCACAGCCCGUGCCCAAGGAGAGUGGCUCAGCGCGCCAGCGCAGCCUCGAGCAGCUGGACGAGCUCAUCACCGACCUCGUCAUUGACUACAAGCCGGCACCGGGCCACCGUGCAGGGGACAGAGACAGCCUGGCCGAGCAGCUCAAGAAGCUCCUGAGCAGCAGCGCCCCAGGACCACCUCGGCGGGGUGAGGGGAGGAAGGUUUCCCCCAGUGUCCCUGAGAGUUUCCGGCCCACAAAGGAGCAGCCGGGCCCCAGCUCUUUUGGCAGCGCCCCGCGCCCCCAGCCCUCCCCACCAGCCAGCAGCACCUUCGAGAAGCCGCUGGAGAAUUGCUCACCCGACCUGAGCGCGGAGGAGGACGACAUGAUGAUGUGCUCGAAUGCCAAGUGCCGGCGGACGGAGACCAUGUUCAACGCCUGCCUCUACUUCAAGUCAUGCCACAGCUGCUACACAUACUACUGCUCCCGCCACUGCCGCCGCGAGGACUGGGACACGCACAAGGAGAGCUGCGUCUACGGGCGCGUGGGCAGCGUCUGCCGCCACGUGCUGCAGUUCUGCCGGGAGAACACUGAGGUGCACAAGGCCUUCUCACGCAUCGCCAAGGUGGGCUACCUGUCCCGCGGCCGCGGUGUGCUCUUCCUGGGCUUCCCUAACUCGGGCUCGGCUGAGAACUUCCUGCAGUUUGGGCUGGAGAGCCUGCUGAUGUCCCCCACCUACCUGUCCUUGCGGGAGCUGGAGAGCUACUCGGACAACCUGGGGGAGUACGCCCGGGAGCUGCGGGAGACCGGCAACCAGUACGACCCCGAUGAAUGUUUCCUCUUGAAUGUAACCGUGGCCGUGGCUCAGAAAGUGCCGGAGAGGCCAUCUCCGAAGGUGCAGGUGCCGACGGUCAGGAAAUACGCCAAGGUGGCCUUAGCCUCCUCCAGCCCUGAGAAGAAGAUCCCAAAGAAGGAGCGGGAUAUGGAGACGUUGAUCCUGACGCCGCCACCCGGCACAGCGGACAUCGACAAGGAGGGUGAGGAGGGCCGCAAGGCACGGGAGGUCUGCUUCAUCAACAUCCAGCGGGAGCUGCGCAUCCGUGGCGUCUUCCUGCGGCACGAGUUCCCUGCCGUCUACGAGCAGCUCUGCGACUUCGUGGAGAGCAACAAGCGCUUCACCCCCACCACCAUCUACCCCAUCGACAAGAGGACAGGCAAACAGUUCAUGUGCAUGAUCAUGGCCGCCUCUGAGCCCCGCACACUGGAUUGGGUGGCCAGCCCCAACCUCCUGGAUGACAUCAUGUGAACGUGGCACUAGGACCCCAGCAGCUGCUGCGCG